UCUCUUCGUGAUUUGGUCUCUUCUCCAGCGUCGCCUCCCCUCUCCGCUCCGAUUCCCUAAUCCCUCUCCUCUUUUGCUUCCAAGGAUCGAUCUUUCCAGCAAAGUUGUGAUUUCUGAUCGUGUAAGGUUCCAAAGAUGCCAUCUUUGAUGUGAUCCGUGUUUCCGAGCUCAUUUAGUUGGAAUCUAUGCUGCUGGUUUUGCCUUUUGGACCACUGUUUUCUUCCCCUUUUCUUCGGUUAGAAUCUCGGAAUUGGGAGUAGGCAGAUAGGCCAGGGGAGAGAGAUGAGUGUGUCGAUCUCGGUUAUGACCUUUAAUCUCCACGAAGGGGAUCUUCCGAGCGAUAGCCCUAAUUCGUGGGAGAAGCGGAAGGAUCUUUGCGUUAGUGUGAUCACUAACUACUCCCCGACCAUUCUUUGCACUCAGCAAGGCUUAAAGUGGCAGCUGGAAUAUUUUCAGCAGUGUUUACCUGCAUACGAACAAUUUGGUAUUUCAAGGAAAGGAUCUCAAGAUACCACAGAUGAGUAUUGCACAAUCUUCUAUGACAAGGAGAAGGUUGAGCUUCUUGAAGGCGGUACAUUCUGGUUGUCGGAAUCACCUUCUGUUCCAGGAAGCAUAUCGUGGGGAGCUACAGUGCCAUCCAUUGCUACAUGGGCUACAUUUCAACUUAAGAGAGUAGAACCACCAGGAUUCAGUUUCCAGAUUGUUAAUACCAACCUCGACGAAUUCAGUCCACGUGCACGUAGAAGAAGUGCUUUACUCACAUGGCAGCACAUAGCCUCUUUGCCGCCAAACUUGCCUGUCAUUUAUUGUGGAGGAUUUAACAGUCAAAAGGAAUCAACUACGGGGCGUUUUUUGCUAGGAAGAUCCAGAGAGCAUGGAGUUGUCGGCGAUAUGAGAGAUGCUUGGCCAAAUGCUAGGGCUCGGAAAAAUGUGUCCCUAAUACGCACAUAUCACGGGUUCAAAGGCGACAAGCAAGGUGCAGUAGAAUUCCUAAAGCUGAUAUUCAGAGCUCUAUGUUUAUGUUGGGAUCGCCAGACUCAAGAUUUGCACGUCGACUGGAUUCUGUUUCGAGGACGUUCGUUGGUGCCAGCAACUUGUGAGGUUGUCAACAACAACAUCGAUGGCUUCUACCCGUCGUCUCAUUAUCCUGUCUAUGCUGAAUUUAUGCUUCCACGCAAUGUCAGAUUGGUCGAAACAUCUUGAAACAAAAAUCAGUAGAAUUUAUCCCAUUCCCAUCUGCUUUGUUGUUGUCAUUGCUCUUGUGGAUCAUUCUUUGUGAAUCCAAACUUGCAAGUGAGAGUUUCGCAAAGAAUGUUACAGCAUGGUGUGUUUGUCGAAGUUGACCUUUAUAUCGAUGUACAUCAAUGCGUCUACUUGUUAUUCACAAUGAAUUUUUUUAAAAAGUCUUGUUUGUAAUAUUUGUUACUUAAAUCGAUAUUUGAAACUGCCAUCCGUC